CAUCCCUCCUUCCAAUUUCCCGCCUUCCUUCCUUUCCGCCAUUGGAGGCGCCAUAUAUAUCUUGUAUCUUGUCAGAAAGCCACCGACCACCUACCCACCAAAUUCCUCUUUAGAGAGAUGGCAUCCGGCGGGGCGAAUGGGGAAUUCAGCUUCUCGUCGUCGACGACGGCGGCAGCAAACCGCGCCGGUUCCGGGCGCAACGGGCUGCCGAAGAUCCAGACGCAAGACAGCGCGAAGAAGCUGAGCGACGCGGCGGCCAGGGGAGCGGCGGCGGGAGCAGAGGAUCUGUGCUACGACGACAGCGCGACCCCGGUGAAAGCGCAGACGCUGGACGAGCUCCACUCGCUUCAGAAGAAGAGAUCCACCCCGUCCACUCCCAUCACCGCCCCUGCCGCCGCUGGCAACCAGGGCGCCUUCUUCACCGCCAUGUCGGAGGAGGAGCGGCAGCGGCAGCAGCUCCAGUCCAUCAGUGCGUCGCUGGCGUCGCUGACCCGGGAGACGGGGCCGAAGGUGGUGAAGGGGGAUCCGGCGAGGAGGAGCACGGCGCCGAAGGUGGGACACGUGGAGCACUACGCGCCGUCGAUCAGCGUGACGGAUAGCUCCCUGAAAUUCACCCACGUCCUCUACAAUCUCUCCCCUGCCGGCACGUAUAGCCUUUUUUAUUGGAACUUGGGGAUUGGCGUUUUUUCUUGUGCAGUUCUCCGCGUUCAUUUAUUAAUUAAGGAAAUGUUAUAUUAUAAAAAAAAAAAAAAAAUUGCAGAGCUGUACGAGCAAGCGAUAAAGUACGAGAAGGGUUCGUUCAUAACGUCGACGGGAGCACUGGCGACGCUGUCCGGUGCGAAGACGGGGAGGUCGCCGAGGGACAAGCGCGUCGUGAGGGACGAUACGACGGAGGAUGAUCUUUGGUGGGGAAAAGGUUCGCCGAACAUCGAGAUGGAUGAGCAUACGUUCAUGGUGAACAGGGAGCGAGCUGUGGAUUACUUGAACUCUCUGGACAAGUUAACAUUACCUAGUUCGGUCGCUGUCUUCGUCUUGUUCAUUCACGCUGAUGAGAUCACCCAUCUCAAUCCAGAUCCACAUGCGUGCCUAGAACACAGGAUCAAAGUCAGAAUCGUUUCUGCCAGAGCUUACCAUUCCCUCUUCAUGCACAACAUGUGCAUUCGGGCCACUCCUGAGGAGCUGGAGAACUUUGGAACUCCGGACUUCACCAUAUACAACGCGGGCCAGUUCCCCUGCAACCGUUACACUCACUACAUGACCUCUUCCACCAGCAUAGACCUCAACUUGGGGAGGAGGGAGAUGGUGAUUUUGGGCACCCAAUAUGCCGGGGAGAUGAAGAAAGGGCUCUUCGGCGUCAUGCACUAUCUCAUGCCCUUGCGUGGGAUCCUGUCCCUUCACUCUGGCUGCAACAUGGGCAAAGAUGGAGAUGUUGCCCUCUUCUUCGGCUUAUCAGGCAUGCUUCCAAUAAUCAAGAGAGUAGCAUUGUUUGUGUUUGUGCCUUACCCUUUGUUUCUCAGAGUGCUAGCUAGAUUCCCAUUUUGCCUGCUAUGUACAGGGACUGGAAAGACUACCCUUUCGACGGAUCAUAACAGGUACUUGAUUGGAGAUGAUGAGCAUUGCUGGAGUGAUAAUGGCGUGUCCAACAUCGAGGGUGGUUGCUAUGCUAAAUGCAUCGAUCUUUCUGCGGAGAAGGAGCCUGAUAUCUUCAAUGCCAUCAAAUUCGGAACAGUGUUGGAGAAUGUGGUGUUCGACGAGCAUACAAGACAAGUGGACUACUCAGACAAAUCAGUCACAGAGAACACAAGGGCAGCUUACCCUAUCGAGUACAUCCCUAAUGCCAAGUUACCUUGCGUGGGACCUCAUCCGAAGAACGUAAUCCUUCUGGCUUGCGAUGCAUUCGGUGUGCUCCCACCUGUGAGCAGGCUCAACCUCGCGCAGACCAUGUACCAUUUCAUCAGCGGCUACACUGCUCUGGUGGCAGGGACAGAAGAUGGAAUCAAGGAGCCACAGGCCACCUUUUCAGCCUGCUUUGGUGCAGCCUUCAUAAUGAUGCAUCCGACUAGGUAUGCAGCAAUGCUGGCUGAGAAGAUGCAGAAGCAUGGAGCUACCGGGUGGCUCGUUAACACCGGCUGGUCUGGUGGAAGCUAUGGAUCUGGGAGCCGUAUCAAGCUGAGCUACACUAGGAAGAUUAUCAAUGCAAUUCACUCUGGUGAACUUCUGGAGGCAAAUUAUACCAAGACCGAGAUCUUCGGGCUUGAGAUCCCAUCUUCGAUCGAGGGUGUUCCUUCUGAAAUCCUCCAACCCGCCAACACUUGGUCGGACAAGAAGGCUUACAAUGAGACGCUGCUGAAGUUGGGAGGCCUGUUUAAGAAGAACUUCGAGGUGUUUGCUAAUCAUAAGAUAGGGAAGGAUGGGAAGCUCACUGAGCAGAUUCUUGCUGCUGGUCCUGUAUUCUGAUCAAAUCAGGUUUCAGAGAAGAUGGAAAUAACGAGGACGGACGAGAGUAUGAGUUGGAGUUCCGAGUUGAUGUGGAUACGUUUCUGGUGAAGCAUUGUUUCAAUAUUUAUUUACCAAGGAUUUGUUAUGAAUAAGCUUAUUACAUGGUGAUUCUCGAGUCCUCCCUCCCCUGUAUGGUUCUUUUUCCCCUGUGACUGUAAUUCAUUCAUUAGAAAGUAAACGAGGAACACCCUUAAUAAAUAAUAAGAAUUAAAUUUCUUGUUCGGUAAGGAGUUCUUCAAUCAAUAUAAGAUGUACAAGCUGAUCAUUGAUCACUUGAUAGUUGUCACAAACAGAAAA